CUGCCAGACAAAUCUAGGCAAAUCGUCAUAGCGUCCAGGAGGAGGGAUCACAGGGAGAGGGUGCUCCAAAUAUCGCACUCAUGUAGCCGGUGGUAGAUGUUGUGUAUAAGCCCUCUUUUAAUCUAGUGAACUUUUAUUCGGUUACGCUUGGAGGUCGUUUGUGAAUGUGGCCAUGAAUCCCGCUGAACAGACAGUUACGUGGCUCAUUACAUUGGGUGUCCUGGAAUCCCCGAAAAAGACCAUUUCAGACCCAGAAGGAUUUUUACAGGCAUCUCUCAAAGAUGGGGUGGUCCUUUGCAAGCUGUUGGAACGACUGCGCCCAGGGUCCGUCGAGAAAAUUUGUCAGGAACCAAGGAACGACUCCGACUGCCAGAGCAAUAUCAGAGAGUUUCUCAAAGGCUGUACUGCAUUCCGCGUGGAGACAUUUGACGUCAAUGACCUGUUUCAGGGACAGAACUUCACCAAGGUGUUAAAUUCCUUGGUGUCGUUGAAUAACGCUACUGCAGAUAUCGGGCUGCGCGGAGACUCUGUAUGUGGCCGUCACUCGUCCACCCAUCGGAUUAAGUCGUUCGAGUCGCUCUCCUCCCACGCCAACCACGGUCGCUCCUCAAGACUCCAGCACCACCAAUACCGCAGCCUGGACAUGUCUGACAGUGGUGGCCAGCACCUGGUGGUGAAGGCGCGCUUCAACUUCCAGCAGACCAAUGAGGACGAGCUGUCCUUCUGCAAGGGUGACAUCAUCCAGGUGACUCGGCAGGAGGAUGGCGGCUGGUGGGAGGGCAGCCUCAACGGCAAGAGUGGCUGGUUCCCUAGCAACUAUGUACGCGAGGUCAAAGACAAAUCAGUUUCUCCCAAGUCGGGGACCCUCAAGAGCCCCCCCAAAGCCCCGGAACCCACUGCCAUUAACAAGACCUACUAUAAUGUGGUGCUGCAGAACAUUCAGGAGACGGAGGCCGAGUACUCCAAGGAGCUGCAGACCCUGCUGUCCACUUACCUACGGCCGCUGCAGGCCUCAGAGAAGCUCAACGCUGUGGACAUGGGGCACGUCAUGGGGAACAUCGAGGACAUCUGCACCUUCCAGCAGAUUCUGGUCCAGUCGCUGGAGGAAUGCGCCAGACUUCCAGAGAGCCAGCAGAGGAUAGGGGGCUUCUUCCUGACCCAGAUGGCCCAGUUGAGGAGUCUGUAUGUGGCCUACUGCUCCAACCACCCCUCGGCUGUCAGUGUGCUCACCCAACACAGUGAGGAGCUUGGUGAGUUCAUGGAGUCCAAGGGUGCUAGCAGUCCAGGCAUCCUCACCUUGACGACGGGCCUCAGUAAGCCCUUCAUGCGACUGGACAAAUACCCCACCCUGCUGAAGGAGCUGGAGAGGCAUGUGGAGGACUACCACCCAGAUCACCUGGAUCUUCAGAAGAGCAUGACGGCCUUCAAAAGCCUCUCUACACAGUGCCAGGAGGUACGGAAGAGGAAGGAGCUGGAGCUGCAGAUUCUGACGGAGACGAUCCGCUGCUGGGAGGGGGAGGACAUUAGGACCCUGGGGAGCGUGCUCUACAUGUCCCAUGUGUCCAUCCUCAGCCCUGGCAGUGAGGAGAAGCAGGAGCGCUACCUCAUGCUGUUUCCUCAUGUUCUCCUCAUGCUCUCUGCCAGCCCCAGGAUGAGUGGCUUCAUCUACCAGGGGAAGCUGCCCCUGACAGGCACGGCCGUCACACGACUGGACGACAGCGAGCAGCUCAAAAAUGUGUUUGAAAUAUCAGGGAGUAUGAUUGACAGGAUUCAGGUGGUGUGUAGCAGCCAGCAUGAUCUGCAGGAUUGGGUGGAGCAUCUUCACAAACAGACCAAACACACAUCUGGGGGAACAACCAGCAUCAAACCACAGUCUGUGCCCUGCCACACGCUCCCCUCUCACCCUGUCACCCCAUCCAGGCAUUCCGAGAGCCGUGGGGCGCCGGGGUCCCCCGCCUACCACACCCUGCCGCACCACUCCACCCACGGCAUGCCCUACAGCACCAUGUCCUGGCGGCCACUGGAGCCGCCCAAAACACAGAAGCCCUGGAGCCUGAGCUGCCUUCGCCCAGCGCCCCCUCUACGGCCGUCGGCAGCCCUCUCCUUCAAAGACGACCUCAGCAAAAGCCCCAAGAGCGUCAGGAAACUGAGGCUGCGCAAGUCUGAACGGAAACCUUCAGAUGAGGAGUUUGGCACAAGGAAAAGUACAGCGGCACUAGAGGAAGAUGCUCAGAUCCUGAAGGUGAUCGAGGCCUACUGCACCAGUGCCAAAACACGACAAACACUUAACUCUACAUGGCAGGGGACUGAUUUGAUGCAUAAUCAUGUGCUGGUCGAAGUCGACCAGUCAGGCGUGGACUCCGUGAGUGUCCAGAGCGGUGUUUCUCGCAUGGAACCAUGCUCUGACCUUUCUGAAGACUCGGACUAUGACAGUAUAUGGACAGCCCAUAGUUACAGACUGGGCUCCAUCUCUCGGUCCAGGAAGGACUCUGGACCUCACAUGCUCUUCCCAGAAGAAGAGAAGAUCAUCGUCGAGGAGACCAAGAGCAAUGGUCAAACCGUAGUGGAGGAGAGGAGCCUGGUAGACACGGUAUAUGCUUUAAGGGACGAAGUGCAGGAGCUGAAACAGGACAAUAAGAGGAUGAAAAGAACACUGGAGGAGGAGCAGAAGGCGCGGAAGGAGCUUGAGAAGAUCGUCAGGAAAGUGUUGAAGAACGACCCCACCUGGGACGAGACCAACCUGUGAACACUUUCAAGGUUGUUGAUGAGGGAUUGUGCAGAUUCAGUCAGUACAUCUGAAGCUGUCAAACCCAUUGACUAGAGCCAUGCCAUAGCUUUAAACUGGAUGACUAGCCCAUUGACUAGAGCCAUGCCAUAGCUUUAAACUGGAUGACUAGCCCAUUGACUAGAGCCAUGCCAUAGCUUUAAACUGGAUGAGUGCUGAAGGGGCUUUUGACGAGCCUCGGAGUAAGACGUGGUGGACUUGAAACUUGUUCGUUGAGUCCGUUAAGCCAGCACCCUUCCAAAUUUACCGGACUGUGGGUCCAAUCCCAGCCCUUACAAAUGAGUUCCAUCUCAUCCUGGAUGUUUCCAAUGGAAAACUGUGCAGUACAAAACUGGAAGCUCUUCAGAUUGACUUCUUUUCCAAUUUGCUUUUUUUUUUCUGAGAUAUUGUUUUUUUUUUUAAAUUAUACCUCAAUUUUUAGGUCUUUUUAUGUUAUUUGAUUUUUGGGUUUUUACUUAUUUUUUGAUGAUUUUCUGUAAGAUUUCCCUCCCUUUGUAAUUUUAUUAUGUAUAUAUAUAUAUAUAUAUAUAUAUUAAUACACCCUUUGUAUUAUAAAUGAUGCUAAGAAAUGUGCCUUUGAAAUCAAUUUCCUAAAAUAGCUUGCAUUUCUAGCAGUUUUCUUAGCAUUUCAAGUGAUCUUGAACGCACUAUACAUUUCAAAUGGAAAAAAAAAAUGAAUGCAAAUCUACUUUUCUGACGAAAUGUCUAUAUUCUUCAACUAAUUUAUGUAUUUAAAAGAAAUAUUCUGAUGACAAGACUGUAUCAGAUGAUGGGGUGCGGCCAUCUUAUUCCUCUGGUUUACCCCUCUCUUUUCUUCCUGUGAGAGCUUCUCAUUGGCUAUCUCUUCCAUAUUCUUCUCCUGCGAGGCACCUUCCCCCUUGAACACUACUCUUUCUUCUCCUUCAUCUCCGUUUCUCUCUAUCUCUCAUUCUCUCAUUCUCUCUCUCUCUCUCUCUGUGCUGUCCCCCUCCCUGGAGCUUGUAGCACUGUGUCUGAGGAUUAAAUCUGUAAAGAGA